AUGUACCACCUCAUCACCGGCUUGUAUGCCGAGUGGACAAAGAAGCCGCGUUUCAAUGUUCUCAUUGUCGGACCCUCCGGUGUGGGGAAGUCGUGUCUUCUCGAAAAGAUCAAGAGCCUCUACCUCAAACGACCCGCUCUGCCGCCAAACAAGAUCGCCCCUACAGUCGGCCAGAAUGUCCUCGAAUUGACACUUCCAAACAUGCACAUGCAUUUCUGGGACCUCGGUGGAUCGCCCUCCGUACGCACGCUAUGGAGCAAAUACUACGACGAGUCGGAUGCGGUUGUCUGGGUCGUUGAUGCGCGGCACUUUCUCGCACUCCACACGCAGAACCACAAUCAGCCACAGAGCGAUAUCAAAGGCAAAGGUAGACCUGUGCCUCCAGAUGCGGAGACAGAAGCAUUUGAUGCUCGUGAAUCGUCGUGGAAGCUACUUUCCGACCUCUUGAUACACCCAAGUUUGGAAGGUCGACCUAUCCUAAUAUUGGCGAACAAGGCCGACGAGUGCGAAUCAGUCUCCGCAGAUCUUGCGCGCACCAUCCGGAACUGGUUCGCCGAAAAGCUGGCGCGUAUUGACGAAGAUCCGGAAUCAUCAUCCCUGUCAGCUGGCGGGCGGACGGAUAAUGUGUUCGCCGACAACGAGGAAGAAACGUAUCGCCAACCAGUGGCUGCAGGGUCAACACUAACUGGCAGAGAGCACGAUUGGGACGUGCUACUCGCAAGUGCUAUCGAAGGUAUUGGAGUCCACGACGCAGUAGAUUGGCUCUCGAUUCGAGUACAGGCAUCACAAGCUGGGCGUGCAAGGUGA